UGGACAACGUGUCUGAGAGAAAAGACAACAUGAGGCUGGGAAUGACGCUGACCUCCAACCCAAAAGACAACAGCUUUGUGACCUGUGGUCCACUCUGGUCUCAUGAAUGUGGAAGCUCCCUGUACAGCACAGGAAUCUGCUCCAAAGUCAGCCGAAACUUCAAACUGUCCCACACCAUCGCACCCGCCCUGCAGAGGUGUGAGACCCUCAUGGACAUUGUGAUCGUUCUGGAUGGUUCUAACUCCAUCUACCCAUGGUACGAGGUCCAGGACUUCCUCAUCACCAUCCUGCAGAAGUUCUACAUCGGCCCAGGUCAGACGCAGGUGGGUGUGGUUCAGUACGGCUCAACGGUGGUCCACGAGUUCGGUUUGGGUGAGUACCAGACGGUAGACGAGGUGGUGGAGGCCGCCAGAGGCAUCGACCAGCGGGGUGGCGAGGAGACGAGGACGGCACUGGGCAUCAACGUGGCGCGGUCAGAGGCGUUCAAUCGCGGCGGUCGUCCUGGUGCUAAGAAGGUGAUGAUUGUGAUCACAGAUGGAGAAUCUCAUGACAGUCCACAGCUAGUGCAGGCCGUCGCAGACAGCGAGAAAGACAACAUCACCAUGUACGCCAUCGCUGUUCUGGGUUAUUACAACCGUCGGGGAAUCAACCCUGAAGCCUUUCUGAAGGAAAUCAAGUUCAUAGCGAGUGACCCAGAUGAGAAGCACUUCUUCAACGUGUCAGAUGAGUCAGCACUGAAGGACAUCGUGGACGCGCUGGGAGAGAGGAUUUUCUCUCUGGAAGGUCAGCUGAGCCUCAGCCUGUUAAGGUUUGGUCUGCAGAUGGCUCAGGCUGGUUUCUCCUCACAUUUAGUCAAAGAUGGUAUUCUGCUCGGGGCGGUGGGAGCCUACGACUGGAACGGUGCUGUGCUGAAAGAGACUAAACAUGGGAAAGUUGUUCCACCAAAGUUCUCCUAUAAGGACGAGUUUCCAGACGAGCUGAAGAACCAUGGAGCCUAUCUGGGUUACUCGGUGGGUUCGCUCAUUUCAUCUCGCGGCUCUCAGCUCUACGUGUCCGGAGCUCCGAGGUUUAACCACACCGGGAAGGUCAUCGUGUUCACCCUGAAGAACACUGGAAACCUGACCAUCCUGCAGGCCCUGCUGGGAGAACAGAUUGGCUCAUAUUUUGGCAGCGAGUUGUUAUCAAUGGACGUAGACAAUGACGGACAUACGGACAUACUGCUAGUGGCAGCGCCCAUGUUCUGCAGUCAAGGCUGGGAGAGAGGGAAGGUCUACAUCUACACUGUCACGCCACAGGGGGCGCUGGAGGUCUCUGACCGCUCUCAGAACUCCCGGUUGGGAUCAGCGAUGGCCCAGAUACCCGACAUGAACGGGGACGGGUUCAAGGAGCUGGUGGUGGGAGCACCACUGGAGGACGACCACCAGGGGGCGGUGUACGUAUAUUAUGGCCAGGACAAAACCAUCCAACGCCAGUACAGACAGCGUCUGUCUGCAGCCGGUUUCUCUGCUGGUCUUAAGUAUUUCGGUCAAAGUCUUCAUGGUGUUCUGGAUGUCAAUGCAGACGGGCUUGUCGACCUCGCAGUGGGAGCACUGGGAGCUGCAGUCAUUGUCUGGUCUCGUGGUGUGGUGCGGAUUCAGGCCAAGCUGACCUUUGAACCAGAGAAGGUCAACAUCUUUAACAAAGACUGUCUGCGAGGAGGGAAGGAGGUCACCUGCAUGUCCGUUAUCGUCUGUCUGAGUCUGGAGUCCAGGACGAAGAGCAAGACAAAGUCCAGGACGGAUGUCGCUGUGUGGUACAGCCUGGUGCUGGAUGAGAGGCGGUUUCCUCCCCGAGCUGUUCUGGACGAAUCAGGUCGACAGCAGCCCAGGAGUCUGUCUCUACAGGUUGGAGGUCAGAGCUGCCAGCGCCUCGGCUUCUCCAUUCAGGAGACGACUGAUUAUGGACGUCCCAUCGCGGUUGUCCUGGAGACGGGGUUGAAGAGUCUAGAUGAGGGGCCGGUGUUGGACCCUGACUGGCCGAGUGUCCUGAGGGCCGAGCUUCCUUUCUGGAACGGCUGCGAGCAGGAAGAUACCUGUGUUCCCGACCUCAUCCUCUACAGUCACACUGACCUCCUGGAUGUUCAGCAGUUCUGCAGCUUGCGGGAGUGGGCGGUUUGGUCGAUCUGCAGCCACCAGGCAGCGUCAGAGGGCUCUGUGUACGUGAUGGAGGCUGGGCGGAGGAGGAUGGUGGUGUUUGCUCGACUGGAGAAUCAGGGAGAGAACGCGUAUGGCGCCGCCAUCCACAUCUCCACCUCCUCCAACCUCCUUUUUUCCAGUCUCAUUGUCAAGGACCAAUCAGAUAUUCAGAUUGAGUGUUACGCUGAGGACAGACUGGCCAGUCAGAGGAACUGUAGCAUCAGCGCUCCAUUCAUGAAGUCUUUGGCUCAGGUAUCUUUCCGUCUGGAGUUUGAAUUCAGCCGCACUGUCUUCCUGGAUCACGUACGGGUUGUCAUGACGACCAGCAGUGAGGGGGAGGAGGGAUACCCAGACGACAACAUCAAUGACAUCUUCCUCCCUCUGAAGUACCAAACUGACCUCCUCUUCACCAGAGACCCAAACCCUCCUCGCUUUGAAAUCAGAGCCGACAGCUCCUCUUCGUCCUCCUCCUCUUCCUCCUGGGACCACACAGACAGCAGCUCCCCCAACUUCAACCUCACUUAUCAUAUCCAGAACCUGGGCAUGUUCUCUGUGCAGGACGUCCUGUUCAGGGCUGAUGUCUGGGCUGUGACCAGGCAGGGGAACCAGCUGGUUAACAUCACGGAGUACAGCAUCGAGCAGGUAGCUGGGUCUGACUGUGUGCUGCCUCAACCCAGAUCAACCAAUCAGGUUACAGCUGAGGACCUGUCGCACCUGUCACAGCUGAACCACAGUAACAGUGUGAGUGUGACGGUCCAGUGCAGACUGAACCUUCCGGCCUCCAGAGAGCUGAAAGUGACGCUCAGCGGACAACUUCAAAUCCCUGCUCUGCUCACUGUGAACUUCAGGUCGUUGGAGUUACUGACUGAGGCCUCCAUCCAGCUGGAAGCAUCCAGCCACAUGUUCCUGCAGGAGGAAAGACCUGUCAGAGAGAUAAUCCUGGAGUUGAGGAAGGACGAGGAUUACACCGUCCCCGUCUGGAUUAUACUGGGGAGCUCACUGGGAGGCCUGCUGCUACUGGCCCUACUGGUCCUGGCCCUGUGGAAGCUCGGCUUCUUCAACAGACGGAGGAGACAGGAAGAGGAGGAGCAGCCUGUAGCCAAUGGGAAGGCAGCAGAGGAGCUAUAAUGUGUAGGCGACAAUGAUGCUGUGUUCGGUCGGUCCUCGUCAACUUGUGAAGACUUAUAAUACAGAUUCUGUUUGUUGUUAACAGAAUCACUACAUGGAGCCUCGUCCAGACAGUAAGACAGAGAACAUGUAGAUUUUACCAUUAACUGUGGUCUAACGUGUAAUUUCUGGUGGUGAGCUCUGGUUUUAUGAGUUGUCGAGGAUCACCUGAAUGCAUUACGAGCCUCCACCUGUCACUCAGGGACCCUGAUGCCCCAAUCAGCCAAUCAGCCAAUCAGCCAUGCCCCGGAACAUAUAACCAGGGCUGUGUCCAGUCCUGACGAAACGUAGCAAAUGUUUAUUUAAACAGAAAUGGUGGUGUGUAGGACAACCUGUUGGGUCACACAAGCAUUGCUACUAUGGCAGCUGAGACGGCGGCUUAUUCUUUACUAUAUAAUACUUCUUCAUAGCAUUUUUUCUGAGCGCCUGCGUCCUUUUUCAAUUGUUCCCAAUGAGGAGAAAGCAUAUGAGGCGGCAUGCAGAGAAAGAGCGCCGUGCCCAGCAUCU